AGUUGCCUGUAUUAAGUCGAUUGAGGUUAUAUUGUUUAAUGUUUGGGGCUGUAUUUAUGUUAAAUACACGUUUGCGCCCUUUGUAAUCGUAUAAUUGGUAAUAAAACCAGACUUUGUACAGUAAUAUUGCCUAUUAAACGUGCGUUUAAUUCACAAAAAGUUAUUUUUUCUUAACCUCAAAAUGGUGAACAAGUUGAAUAAAUCGUUCUAUAACACUGUUUUGAGCCAGACUUUCACCCCGUGUGGCAACUAUCUCGUCGUAGGUGACAUUUACGGCACAAUUUCGGUCUUCCACCUUUCCAAGCUAACAAACCAAGGAUCUUCGAUCACAAAAGAAGACCAACUGCCCAAAAACGCAUUCACGAUUAAAGAAGACGUCCAAAUCAACAGUUUAUUGACCAUGAAAGCGUUCCUUGUUGUGGGGACAGUUGGCGAGAUUUUGGGGUACUCCUGGAAGAACGUCAAAACGAGCAAAAAACCCUCCUGCUCGUGGACAAUUGAAAUCCCGAACUCCAAAGACAGUUUCGACAAACCUGACGUUAAUUGUUUAGUGUUUGAGCCCGAAAAUAAUUUAUUAUUUGCCGCCUGUGGCGAUAAUAAUGUUUACGUUUUCAACAUCGAGACACGAAAAGAAGUGCGGUGUUUUAAAGGGCACAAGAAUUACGUUCACUGCAUCAAUUUCUGUAACAAUAAACUGGUUUCGGGGGGCGAAGACGGGCUUGUGCUGCUAUGGGAUGUGAGAGGAGGCCCCCCAGUGAGCAAAAUCGAGCCCCACAGUAGGGAUAAAGUGGCCAGGGUGGAGCUGGGGCCCUGGAUAGGGGGCGUUGGGAUUAACGAUGAUUGGCUGUUGUGCGGCGGCGGCCCCCGACUGUCUUUAUGGCACUUGCGCUCCCUGAAUAUCGCCACAGUGUUCCCCAUUGACGAUAAAGGGAUUCAUGUGGCGGAGGUCUACCAAGACAGGAUUUUCGCAGGGGGGCGCUCUAAUUUAUUCUACCAAAUGAGUUUUAACGGGGACAUUAUCACGGAAAUUCCGACGUCUCCUGUGACCACGUACAGUGCGGUGCAUCAGGAUGAGCCCUUCCAGACUUUGUGCAUUGCGGGGUCGAGCCCCAAAAUCGACGUUUGUAGCAACUUUAUCUACAAAAAUUUGCAACUAUCUCUGUAUUAAGUCUUUAGUAAAAUAAUAAACCAUAAAUAAUU